GACUUUUACUUUUGCUUUCUGCAUCUAGACUGUUCUCCAGAAUGUUGAGAUUGCCAGAGAAGUGACCUCUGAGAAAGGAAAAUAUUGCUCUACCUAAAUUCAGACGACAUCCUUUGUGGUGCCAUAGCACAUGGAUUUCAGGACUGCCUGUGAAGAGACAAAGACAGGGAUUUGUUUGCUGCAGGAUGGUAAUCAGGAGCCUUUCAAAGUCCGGCUGCACCUAGCCAAAGAUAUUUUGAUGAUCCAGGAACAGGAUGUGAUAUGUGUGUCUGGUGAGCCUUUCUAUUCUGGUGAAAGAGCGGUGACCAUUAGAAGACAAACUGUAGGAGGAUUUGGAUUAAGCAUAAAGGGGGGAGCAGAACAUAAUAUUCCAGUUGUCAUUUCAAAAAUCUCCAAGGAGCAAAGAGCGGAACUUUCAGGACUGCUCUUUAUCGGAGAUGCUAUUCUACAGAUAAAUGGAAUUAAUGUGAGAAAAUGCAGACAUGAAGAAGUGGUUCAGGUGCUUCGGAACGCUGGAGAAGAAGUGACCCUAACAGUGUCAUUUUUAAAAAGAGCACCUGCUUUCCUCAAACUCCCACUGAAUGAAGAUUGUGCAUGUGCUCCAAGUGACCAGAGCAGUGGCACCUCCUCUCCACUUUGUGACAGUGGCUUGCAUCUCAACUAUCAUCCCAACAAUACAGACACAUUGUCAUGUUCUUCAUGGCCAACAUCUCCAGGCUUGAGAUGGGAAAAGCGAUGGUGUGACCUUAGGCUGAUCCCGCUGCUUCAUUCACGUUUCUCUCAGUAUGUGCCUGGGACAGAUUUGAGUCGGCAGAAUGCUUUUCAAGUCAUUGCUGUGGACGGGGUCUGCAGUGGGAUUAUUCAGUGCCUCUCUGCUGAAGACUGUAUUGACUGGCUACAAGCAAUAGCAACUAACAUUUCAAACCUCACAAAGCACAAUAUUAAAAAAAUCAACAGAAACUUUCCUGUAAACCAGCAGAUAGUCUACAUGGGCUGGUGUGAAGCACGGGAGCAAGACCCUCUACAAGAUCGUGUGUACUCACCAACAUUUCUAGCCCUGAGGGGAUCAUGUCUUUACAAAUUUCUGGCACCUCCAGUGACAACAUGGGACUGGACCCGAGCAGAGAAAACAUUUUCAGUUUAUGAGAUUAUGUGCAAGAUUCUCAAGGACAGUGACCUGCUGGACCGGCGGAAACACUGCUUCACGGUGCAGUCUGAGUCUGGGGAGGAUCUCUACUUCUCCGUGGAGUUAGAGUCUGACCUCGCCCAGUGGGAAAGAGCCUUCCAAACAGCAACCUUUCUGGAGGUGGAACGGAUACAGUGCAAGACAUAUGCAUGUGUGCUAGAAAGUCAUCUAAUGGGACUCACGAUUGACUUUAGCACAGGAUUUAUCUGCUUUGAUGCUGCAACAAAGGCUAUACUUUGGAGGUAUAAGUUUUCUCAGCUUAAGGGUUCUUCAGAUGAUGGCAAGAGCAAAAUCAAAUUUUUGUUUCAGAAUCCAGAUACUAAGCAGAUUGAAGCUAAGGAGCUGGAGUUUUCAAAUCUUUUUGCUGUUCUUCACUGCAUUCAUUCAUUCUUCGCUGCCAAAGUAGCUUGUUUGGACCCUCUCUUCUUAGGCCAUCAGGCUACUGCUUCUGCUGCUGCGAGCUCUGCUACUACAAGCAAAGCAAAGUAUACAACUUGACAUAUGGAGCUUUGCAUUGCCACUUACCAUGACUAUAU